AUGGACAUCGGCUCGGUGCCUUCCCAGGACGACGACGCGGCGGCCGCCACGCCGCGGGAGGCCACGCUGGGCCGCCACCUCGCGCGGCGGCUGGCCGAUGUGGGCGCGCGCGACGUCUUCGCCGUGCCGGGGGACUUCAACCUCACGCUCCUCGACGAGCUCGAGGCCGAGCAGCCGUCCGGCGGCGGGGUGCGGCUCGUCGGGUGCUGCAACGAGCUCAACGCAGCCUACGCCGCCGACGGCUACGCCCGCGCGCGCGCCGGCGGGGUCGGCGCCUGCGUGGUCACCUUCACCGUCGGAGCGCUCAGCGCCAUCAACGCCGUCGCCGGCGCCUUCAGCGAGAACCUCCCCGUCGUGUGCAUCUCCGGGGGCCCCAACAGCAACGACUACGGCAGCAACCGGAUCCUGCACCACACCAUCGGCCUCCCCGAUUUCUCGCAGGAGCUCCGCUGCUUCCAGAACGUCACCUGCUACCAGGCAGUGGUGAACAACUUGGAGGAUGCACAUGAACAGAUUGACACUGCCAUCUCCACUGCACUGAAGGAGAGCAAACCUGUUUACAUCAGCAUUAGCUGCGACCUCCCUUCAAUCCCUCAUCCCACCUUUAGCGGCCAUCAUGUACCUUUCUUUCUCUCCCCAAGACUGUCAAACCAGAUGAGCCUGGAAGCAGCGGUGGAAGCCGCUGCGGCUUUCUUGAACAAAUCGGUCAAGCCGGUCCUUGUUGGGGGAGCGAAGAUGAGGAUGGCCAAAGCACGCAAAGCCUUCGUAGAGCUAGCCGAUGCAUGCGGUUACCCGUUCGCGGUGAUGCCUUCUGCCAAGGGGCUUGUACCAGAGCACCACCCUAGAUUCAUCGGCACAUACUGGGGUGUUGUGAGCACUCCAUUCUGUGGAGAGAUUGUGGAGUCAGCUGAUGCCUAUUUGUUUGCUGGCCCGAUAUUCAACGACCACACCUCGGUUGGAUACUCACUUCUUCUCAAUAAUGAGAAGGCCAUCAUUGUGCAGCCGGACCGAGUGGUGAUUGGGAAUGGGCCUGCAUUUGGGUGUGUUCUGAUGAAGGACUUCUUGCGUGCACUUGCUACCCGGCUCAAGAAGAACACGGCUGCGUGCGAGAUACAUAGCCGGAUUUUUGUGCCUGACGGCGAACCCCGUCCCUCUGAGCCUGGAGAGCCUUUGAGAGUGAAUGUGUUUUUCAAGCAUAUUCAGAAAAUGUUGUCUGGCAACUCGGCUGUUAUAGCAGAGACCGGGGACUCAUGGUUUAACUGCCAGAAGCUAAAACUACCAGAAGGCUGUGGGUAUGAAUGUCAGCUGCAAUAUGGAUCAAUUGGUUGGUCGGUCGGGGCUACUAUGGGAUAUGCGCAGGCUGCUAAGGAUAAGCGAGUCAUUUCUCUCAUUGGAGAUGGCAGCUUUCAGGUGACGGCACAAGAAGUGUCGACGAUGCUCCGGUGGGAACAGAACAACAUCAUCUUUCUCAUAAACAACGGGGGUUACACCAUUGAGGUGGAGAUCCAUGACGGCCCUUACAACGUCAUCAAGAAUUGGAACUACACCGGCGUGGUGGAAGCAUUCCAUAAUGGCGAGGGCAAGUGCUAUACGGCCAAGGUCCGAACAGAGGAGGAACUGAAGAAGGCAAUUGAGGCAUCCCUAGGACCCAACAAGGACAGCCUGUGCUUUAUAGAGGUAAUUGUGCACAAGGAUGACACUAGUAAAGAGCUUCUUGAGUGGGGUUCUAGGGUUUCCGCCGCGAAUAGCCGCCCACCAAAUCCCCAGUGA